AUGACUGAUUUCAUGUUGCCCAGAGGGCGGUUCGUGCCCUCGCUCUUCUCACCGGUCAGGUUUCCCCGCAACUCUACUGUCCGAACGUCGCUCGGUGGGAAACGAACGCCUUCGCUCCUUCGACCCCAUGGCACGAGCUCGACGACUAGGAAGCUUGAGAACGAUGAUACUCAAAGUGCCUCGGCCGCAUACUUUCCGAACCCCGACGCCACUCCAAAGCCCGCGUCUUCGCGCUGGACUGCUCUAAAAACCGCAAAGCCGUUCUCCGAGUUUCUAACGGAUACCUUUAACCGCCAACAUGAUUACCUACGAAUCAGCGUCACUGAGCGCUGUAACCUGCGUUGCCUAUACUGUAUGCCGGAGGAAGGGGUGCAGCUUUCCCCGCCAGCUCGUCUUCUCACCUCCCCCGAGAUUGUCUAUCUCUCGUCCCUCUUCGUCUCGCAAGGUGUGACGAAAAUCCGCUUGACCGGCGGAGAGCCAACAGUCCGGAAAGACAUCGUCCCUUUAAUGCAAUCGAUAGGGGACCUGCGGCGCAAUGGUCUUCGGGAGCUCUGUCUGACGACUAAUGGGAUAUCGCUACAUCGCAAGCUCGAGCCCAUGGUGGAGGCUGGACUGACGGGCGUAAACCUCAGUCUUGACACUUUGGACCCGUUCCAGUUCCAGUUGAUGACAAGGAGGAAGGGCCUCGAUGCCGUAAUGAAGAGCAUCGAUAAGAUCUUGGAACUGAACAAGAUGGGCGCGGGAAUUAAACUGAAGAUCAACUGCGUCGUGAUGCGCGGAUUAAAUGAUCGGGAGAUCCUCCCAUUCGUUGAAAUGGGGCGUGAAAGCCCCAUUGAAGUACGCUUCAUUGAAUAUAUGCCUUUCGAUGGCAAUAAGUGGAACCAGCAAAAGAUGGUUUCGUAUCAGGAAAUGCUGGCAAUCAUCCGCGAAAAAUACCCAGCAUUGGAGAAGGUGGCCGAUCACAAAAACGACACCAGCAAAACAUACCAAGUUGCGGGAUUUGAAGGCCGGAUUGGGUUUAUCACUAGCAUGACACACAAUUUUUGCGGCACCUGCAAUCGACUUCGUAUCACUUGCGAUGGGAACCUGAAAGUAUGUUUGUUUGGUAACGCCGAAGUGUCAUUGCGCGACAUUAUCCGCAAGGAAAACAACGGGGAACCGAUUGACGAGACAACAGUGAAAGAGUUGCGACUCCUUGAAGCCGCCGAGCUGGUGGCUCUUGGCGAGGAGGGCAGCCUGGUUAAUCAGAGAGAGCAAGAACUAUUGGACAUCAUUGGCAUGGCGGUCAAACGGAAGAAGGCAAAGCAUGCUGGCAUCGGCAAACUGGAGAAUAUGAAGAAUAGGCCCAUGAUACUCAUUGAUAACGAGCGCAUGGGAAGCCCUACAAGAUCGACGUUUUCGUACGGACACUCAACGAUGCUAUCGCGGGGCACGCCUUGGAGCAACUUUCCAACAUACAUGAUCCAACCCGGUACAUCGAGCGCAACGCAGAUUCGUGCUUAUCAUGGCAGCCGCGAGACUCCAGUUACAACCGAAACGGGUGAUCAGAAUACGAGGGAGGCAGAUCCGACCUCUCUUUCUACUGCAUCUGAUCCGGACCUGCCUCAUCUUACACCUUCACAGAAUGUUCAUAUGACCAAGAUCAGUACAAAGCCAGUUACGGAAAGAGUUGCGACUGCCAGCUGCGUAGUGAGCUUCUCCAACCCCCGCCCAUGGGAAUUGCUUCGGGAGGGCCGGGGGACUCGAAAAGGAGACGUGUUUAGCGUUGCUCGCAUUGCCGGGAUCAUGGCGGCCAAGAAGACCCCAGAUAUCAUUCCGUUAUGUCAUCCAGGUAUCGGGAUCACGGGUGUUGAGGUAGACGUCAAGUUAGUUGACCCCUUGCCGUCUGAGAGAGGAGCGGACAAGUCGACGAAACACGGGGCAAUGCGAGUCGUGGCGACGGUGAGCUGUCUUGGUCGAACGGGAGUGGAAAUGGAAGCCAUGACUGCGACUAUGGGGGCUGCGCUGACCGUGUACGACAUGCUCAAAGCUGUGGACAAAGGGAUGGUGGUGGGCGGCGUGCAGCUCUUAGAAAAGAAAGGAGGCAAGAGUGGACAUUGGAUUCGAACGAAGGAGGUGGAAUCGGAGAGAUCAUGA